AUGGAAGAUGGACGAAUCAAGAACAAUCAGAUCAGAGCAACAUCCCCUCGAUCUGGUCUUUCUAGAGCAAUUUAUGCUAGAUUUAAUCAUACUGAUGGUAAUGGUGGUUGGUGUCCAGAUCAGAAAGGCCCUGCAAACGAAACACUUUAUUCACAGUAUGUACAGGUCAAGCUGGAUGAACCUGUAAGAAUCAAGGGCAUUUACUUACAAGGAAGUGCCAAAGGAUUAGGAAAAGUGGAGCGUUUCCUUAUUAAUUACACCCCAAACAAAACGAACCCUUUUUCUUGGAGGUGGAUAGGCAACCUUGACCAGGUACGAACUAAAGUUAUAAUGACAAAGAUCUUCAGCUGAUCACCCUGGAGCAAUCACCAGCUAGUGAUAAGUGCCCCAGCCUGUUAAACGUAGGGUACUUUACAUUAUUUUGUCAGAACUGAACAGCCAGACCAUUACCAUCUUCAUGAGAAUUUCACUAUUAAUCAAAUCUAUCCAUUUAGAUCAGUCAAAUCCUAAUUUGUAUUUAUAGGAAGGAAAUGUUUUUUCAGCACAAUCUCUUGGAGAUUGACUGGUCACAUCAUAAUGGUCCCGCAGGUAUUUACCGUGUUCAUGAAAGAUAUUACUUUGGCGCUUUUUAAGCGUCGAAACAUAUUUCACGAGUGAGUGCAGCAAACGAGAGAAAAGAAGUUUCAUAUCUCCAAGCAGACGUCAUAUUUAAUGUUCUACUUAAUCACAUCUGAAGAUAUCAUGAUUUCGCGCGAUAGCUCACCUGGUAUUUCAUGGCUGUUUAUAUAACAAAAUGCUCUAUUACCAUCAACAUGUAACUAAUGAAUCAUUGAGGCCUCACUUCAUGUUUCUCCAAACAUUUAAGCACGCUUUUUGCUGAUCUAAUCUGCCAUUGCUUAAAAUUCAACUUUGCUCUUGUUUUGAAAUAUAAAGUUAAAGGUAACUGUUAAGUGAAUUUACGGAGAGUAGGUGCAUGCAUUGGUUUUUGAUGCACCAUUCUAACUUUUACAGCUUCCAUGUCUUUCCCUCACCCCUUCCAUUUGCCUCAGUCUAUACUUUUUCAAUAAUCAUUGUUGAAAAAAGUGUAAGGUGCUUGCACACAAGCUACGAUUUCACUAGAGAAAUUAUUUUGCAUACAAAAUUUGCUGAGGAGUUAAAAGACUAUUUUUUAGUAAUGAAAUUAAAGUCAAGAAAACAUCAGAAUGUUCUUUCUUAAGAGCGGAGCGUCCAUAUACGCGCAUAUGCAAGCGCGUCCAACUGAAAUCUGGAAAAAAUAUCAUUUUAAAAUUUCCUGAAAGCUCAAUUUUUACCUUUAAAUCGGGAUGACUGAUAAGAUUUUUGUAUUAACAUUUACAUAGACUACAAUGGACCUAAUGUUUACCCCAAAAAUUUGCAUAAGGAUUGUCUUCGAUUACUCCUGGGACGACUCAUCCUCGGAGACCCAGGGGCAGUCAGUAUGGUCGGGAGAAAAGACGGGACGAAAGUUUUCAAGUACGGGCGAAAGAGCCCCCUGGUUACCGACUCUCACCGAACUAUUUCCAACAAUUCAAGCGGAUGCCGGCUCCUGAUUAGGCUCAUAAAAUGCUUUGUUUUAUUGUGCCCAAUCGGCGAACAGUUUCUCCUAAGUUCUUUUCGUGAGUUUGUACACGACGGCUAUUGUCUCGCCACACUUGCCCGGUUCGUUCACCAAGCUUGUGCGUGCAAGGGAAACUCUUAUUUUCUACUUUCCUAACCAGAAACGAAGGAACUACCGAUGAGUCGAAAAAACAUUGUGAUGCUAUCAGCAGGAGCAAUUGAAUUUGCCCCGAGAAUAUUCUGUUUUUGACGGAUCAAAUAGAUAAUAGGAAGUUUAAGAUGCGGCGGCGACGAGAAAGUCAAAUAAGUAUUAGCUUGACAAGGCAGAACAACAACUUUGCACGUGCAUCACGCUUUCUUGUACAUUUCUUUGCCGUCAACUGCACUACUACCCGUGAAAAUACCUGAUUUCACGUUUUGUGAAGGACGUAAACAAACAAUGACAAAAUUCAUUCUCUUCGUGAACUUGGAUAUGGCUGAUAGAAAUUCAGCUCUAGAAGAGUUCACUUGCAUUUGACAAAGUAAGCGAGUUGGAAUAAUCACGAUAGAGACUGAAAAAAAUAUGAAUUCACUUUUCCAUGCGACGUUUUCGUGGCCAUCAGCCGUCGUGGUAUCUUUUAAAAACUCUCUAUAAAUGUAUUUACGCAAGAUGUGGCCCAUGCAAGCCUGAAUACCUGUUGUAAGCUGAAGCUUGUAUUUUUGGAAAAGCGUCUUUAGUUUUCGGGCAGACAGUAUUUUGAAAUCAGGCCCCGGUUGUUCAAACGUUGGAUAGCGCUAUCCUCUGGAUAAAUCAUUAUCCAGCGGAUAAGUAUUGUGGAAACCAAUUGCGCUAUCCACUGGAUAGAGAUUUAUCCGGUGGAUAGCGCUAUCCGACGUUUGAACAACCGGGGCCAGAAGGGGAUUUUAUACCGGGGCUCCCGAGCGCGCGAAGCGCGCGUCGGACAGAGCCCCAUACUCAUCGAAUAUGGUCAACCUCUUUUCGUUUGGUUGUCACGUGAUUGACCGAGCGUACGUACCCGUCUACAUAUUGUACGGGUGGGGUAAGGGAGGCUAUCAAAAGGAAGGGAGGGGUGUCUCAGGCGUGUCUUGGCAAGUCCACAUCUUUUAUAUAGGACAUUCACAAUAUGGCCAAUUGACAGCUGUCAAAACAGGAUAGCCACUGACCAGUAUCCCAUAACCAUAUCGCGGGCUCAUGUGUCAACUCAUCGAGGUGAUGUGAUUUAGUUCAAUCUUAUAUGUUCCAACUAGUUUGGGAGCACAGGAAUACUGAUAAUGCACCCAUAUUGAACAUCAACGUUUCGAUCAAUUGACAGCUGUCAAAACAAGGUACCCGCUGACCAGUAUCACUUGACCGUAUCGCGAGCUCAGGUGUCGACCCAUCGAAGUCAAGUAUUUUUUGAAGUUAUCCGCUGACAAGUUACUAGCUUUCAAGUGAUCGCAGGCUCAAGUUUAUUUAUUUUUUAAUUCAUAUGAAAUAUGUUGUGUUUAUAUGCCGCACAAUUAAAAUUUUGAUUUCAAACUGACCUCGGACGUGAAAAUUCAGCCAGCUGUUACCCGCAGGGAAGACAGUUGCUUUUGACUUUUCUCACCAUGAUCACGCGUUGGUCACGCUCAACGUUCAAUUUUUAUGCUCUGAUUGGUCAAAAUUUGACAGAUGAGUUCAUGCGGAAAAUUUAUGCAUCAUCUUGAAUCUUGUUUACUUUGACAGCUGAAGCUGACAGAGUUUUGUGUCAACUUAAAAGCGCAUGUGAUUUUUUAACUGUCUUUUUCCACUGGAUGUACAAAAUGAAAUUCAGCUGGUAUCAGGAGUCUUCUUUUAUUCAUGGCUAGUUUGUUUAUUGGGUUUUUGGUUGAGAAAUACGUCGCUAGUCAAAGUUGGAGAUCCGAUUUCGGAUGGCAUCGUUUUCGUUUUCACCUUACUUGAUCCGUAAGAGGGUUACAAAGACUGAAGCGAUAAUGACUUUACUUGAUACAUUCCAGGAGCUGCAGCUCGAAUGGUAAGGCAGAGUAAUUUUGUAUUUGAUGUUUGUUUUUUGUAUCUAAUUUAAUGAAGUCGAGCGUAGCUUAUGCGGGUAUUUAGUUUAUGCACGUUUGUAAGAUUUGAGACAAUGAUCUGACCGAGUAUCAGGUUUGAUAUAAGCUUACAGAACUUUAAAAAGCCUUUACACAGUUUCUCACCGCAAAUAGAAAGAAAACGUUUCAAAGAAUAUUUAGUAAUAAUUCUGGCUGUAAAAGAAAGCUUUGAGCGAUUUUCUUGCCUCGAGUUCGUCUUUGAAAAAAGCAAACACCAGGAAGCCGGCUUAAAACAUAAACUUCAUCUUUAAGCUUGAAGACUAAGGAUUUUUAGACACUUUAAUACUUGUCUUCCUGCUGAAUGAAAAUUGUUGUCUCUGUAUAUGUUUCACCGAAUUAUAUUUCUUUUAUUGAUUGUCAGUAGUCUCUCUUGAAAUUUUAAUCGCUGUGCCGAUUGUUUUCGGUCGUUCAGUGAACAUCGCUUGCAGGAGUACUCAAAAUGCCGCGCGUUAAACCAUUUUCACAUGAAAAAUAAACAUAAUAAAUUCUUUAUUAUGUUGGAGCGUAACUCUGUUAACGUUCAUUCAAACUCUUGCCACAGCUCGAACUACAAAAGUGAGAACAGGAUGGCCGUAUAGGUGAUUUUGGAAAUUUUUUUAACGGUUUAGCUAAAAGCCCACGCGUACUUCCAUCAUCCUUAAUACUGAAUGAGUGCAAUUUGUACUGCAAAAUUGUGAACUAUACUGCUUUCUGUCCAAGGUCUGUAUGAUAAAAAGAGUGCCUCAUAGUACUGUUUCACCUCAGAUGUGAUGUGUAAAUGGUAUAAAAGGUUGGUUUACACGCACCCAGAUCUGUUGCCAAGAUUUUGCAAAGUAAACCUGUCGAACGCAAAAAAUUCGGCCGAAUUUCUUUUGCAGACCUAAUUAAUCUACGGUGAUCAAGAGCCAUUAUGGCUCUUAAAUGUGAUCGAAGAUGAUUACCAGUUUUUGGGUGUACAUUUAAGGCCAUCAACUCGAUGUAACAUUUGGUUCACUCUUGGGCUGUUUGCAAAUUAUUUUCCUCUAAAAUCACUUAGCCUUUCCCUCAAAAGUCACAUGAAUGUGCUCUAAAGUUAACUGAAUUGUGGAAUACAAGUUUAUUGUUUGAUUUAAAUUGUAAAUUUAUUAAUGGGAGCCUCGAUUUAGCCAUGGCUAAAUCUAUAUAUUAUCAAACUGAAAGUUUCCUGGCUGCGUGCAUUUCUUUGCUGCAUGAGCCAGACAAGCCGUGAGACAAUAGCCGUCGUGUACGAACACACGAAAAGAACUCAGGAGAUGUGUUCCCCAAUUGGGCACAAUAAUACACUGCAUUUUUUGUGCCCAAUCGGGAGCUGACAUCCGCUUGAAUUUUUGGAAAUGGUCCCGUGAGAGUCGGUACCCAGGGGCUCUUCCGCCCUUACCUGAAAACUCUCGUCCCGUCUUUUCUCCCGACCUGACUGACUGCCUCUGGGUCUCAGAGGAUGGGGACGACUGUAAUACCCAGAAGAAAUUGUAAACAAUAGUCAUGCAAAAUUUGGGGGAAUAAACAGGGUGCAUUAUGGUCUAUGUCAAAAUGGUGAAUAAUAUUGAUGUCUUCUGUUAGCAUUUUCUUUACUGAUAAGAUACCCAGUCAUACACAGUGCGUAAAUAAUCAGUGUCCGUGAAGCUUAAACGAACACUGUCCAUCAAUGGCAACCUUAUGUUUACCUGUUAUGCAAGAAAUAAUCGAUUCAAAUAAUUUGAAUAAUUGUUAUUAUUGUUCAUUCAAAAUAUUUUGCUGUUUCUUAUUGGCUCCAAUCCACUGGCUAAUUCUUCACAACCAACCGGCGCUGACCAAUUUUGGAAGAUGGGAGCAAUAUACUAUUGAUGCGAUGAUAUAUGUGUUUAGAAACGAGGUUGAUCGAUGGUAUAUUUGAUUAGAAACGAGGCUUCAUGGGAAGAAGACCAUCGAUCAACCUCGUUUCCAGGCGGGGCCGGCAAGCUGUUUAUUCACGAGUGAACUUGGGAUGUUUGGGAUGGGAGCAAUAUACUAUUCAGUCACAAUUUGUGAACAAAAAACAAAGGAUUGUGCACGGUCAACAUAAGCUGCAGCACCGUUGAUUUCAACUUUGAUGUUUGCCGCUUUUCCUAACCAGUCUCUACAACUAACUAUGCUAGAACGGAAGGGAAGAAAUGCAAGAAAACGCAGGACGUGUUGUGCGAUGGAUGUUAUCGACUUUUUGAGGAGUAUCUGCAAGAAAAAAAACAUCUAUUUAUUUCCUAAAACCGGCCGUUGCUGAGAACUACGCCAAAGUUUAGAGGAGAGUCUUAUUAGGAAGCAAGCUUGUUAACAACAAAAAUAUUUUGAAUGAAACAAUAAAAAUAAAACAACUAGUGAAUUCGGCUUUCGUAUCAUGUGAAGAAUUAUGCAGAUCUCGGAGAUCUUAUCCACCUCGGCCUUCAGCCUUGCUGGAUAUCAUCCUCCUUGAUCUGCAUUAUUCCCCACAUCCUACUCAGUCUCCUUUAAUAACAAAUAUUAUUGCUUAUUAUUGCACAUGGAGAGGGAGCACAAAGCUGAAGGUUGACUUGUCACAGAAAUUCAUGGCUACCAUCAACUAUUUUGUUUUUCAGUAUUUUGAGGUUAAUAUGGACAGUCCAGUACAUAGAAAAAUUCUGAGGCCUCCAAUAGUUGCAGAUGGAAUUAGGCUGGUUCCUUUAUUCAAAGUCAGGAAGCAGGUGUGCAUGAGGUUUGAGCUGCUUGGCUGUACACUGGUAAAUGGUGAGUUGUAAUGGUACCUAUUACCAGUAGCUGGGCAUUAAUGACAAUCAUGUGACCUCUACAAAAAUUCAAAUGCACACAACAGAGAGGAGAAGGCGCUACCUCACGUUACCCUGGUAGCAGAAUUUCUGGGUGACAACAAGCCAAAAAAGUCACGGUCUCUUAAAAAGUGAAUUCGUACUGUUGCAAACUUCAUCGAAGUUAUUAAAUUUCAUUAAGUUUGUCAAAUGUUAGGGAAAUUGUUUGGGGUUGAAUCCAGAAGGACCUUAUCUAAGAAAAACAAAAACGAAAAUCUUUUUACCUACUCCAUAAGGCUGGCGCGUGCAAUUAGGAAGAUUCCUGACGCAGGAUGAAGACAUGAUAUGCUGGGCACCUUGGACUUCACAGCCUCAAAGUAUGCUGGGGUUCUUUCAAUUUUUCUUAGAGCGCAGACUUGUUAAUAUAGUUUGUAAUAUCUAGGGAUUAUUAGUGUUGUAAUGAAGACAUCUGCAGAAGUAAUUUAAUUUGUUUUUUCAGCUUCGAUGUUCAACAUUUCGCUUUGUUGAGAGUUCCAUUUUGAGUAUCUUAAUAGUUGAGUAUUCUCGACUGCGUAACUCUUUUCUCACUGACCCCCAAAAAGGCAAAAUUCUUCUUGAUUGAAUAAAAAAUACAUAGAAUUUCUUUAAAAGUUUAAGUUACUUGAAUUCAUGUUUUCAUCAUACAUGCUAGAAAAUACCCUAUAAUAGGUGCAAGGAAUGUCGGGAAAAUGGUAAUAUAUUCCUCCUUUGGGCAUAAUAUAAUCAAGUCGCAAAAGCUUAAGUUAGUGGACUGUAACCACCUUUAAAUAACUGCCAUAUCCACUUUAAGCUAAAAACUAGUACCCGCAAUAAGUGCCCCAUCCUUACUGAAUAUGCAGUUUAUAGUAUGUUUAACUUCAAUGAAUGUUGCCUAGACUAAAACCGCCUAAAACGCAGUCGUUUUUUUUUUCUCUCAAAAUCAGUUUAGAGCAUAGCGUAAGACUCUCUCACGCGCGAAGCGGCGUCUCGUCUCAGUCUCGCUCUUCAUUUUUUGCUUUUCGCUCAAGACCAUUUGUUUGACUGUUUGCGCGUACUUAAAUACGGAAAAACACCUUGACGGACUGUUUCGCAGUCUACACAUGGUCGGAUUUGACAGGCACGGUUCUCUGACAAUAGUGCUUGAGGAUAGCAAGAGAGCUUAGUUUGAAUGCCCUUCAUACUCUUUUAAGCAUUUACAGUAUGUGCAUUGACUUUGUAGCUGUUUACGCCGAGGGUACUCCCUUAUAUAAGCCAUAUAGGUAUGUGCCGUCCAAAAAGGUAUGGUUUUUGUGCCGUUUCGGUCUGAAAAUGGGUAUACACUUUGCCCAGUUUGAUCUGGAAUCGGGUAGGGUUUUCGAAGGGAAUCAAGGGAGUGUAUGAACGUAUUUAUCGUUACAAUUCCAAAUGAGUAAAAAAAAGAAAAAAAAAAAGAUACGCGAAUUCGAAAUGGAAUUUAAGAAAACUUUUUUGUUGCUGUUCUAAUCUAAGUAAUGAUGACGUAAUUACGUAGAUGCUGGUCUGAAAACGGGAAUGGAUUUUACAGGCAAGGUCUGAAAACGGCUGUGAAAAAUGACAUUUUUUGGUCUGAAAUAGGGGCACGAUUUGGAGAACCGGACGGCACACCCUCACCAAGAAUUCCCAGGAAUACCCCCCCCCCCGGGCUAUUUUCUCAACAUGAUUUAGGUUUACAAACGUUAGAAGUUUAUGAAAGUUUUUAUUUAUAUUAUAUUUUCUUAACCGCCAGGGCUUAUCAAUUACAACAUGCCACAAGGAAAUUCAUUAAGACAAGGAAAGCAUAACUUUACAGAUUUGAUUUAUGAUGGUGAAGAAAAGAAAGACAUCCUGUCAAAUGGUCUCGGAUUUCUCACUGAUGGUAAACCGGCACCAGCAGAUUAUACAGUUAGCAGUGGAUUGGGCUGGAUUGGCUGGCAUUCGAAGGACACACCUGCACCUUAUGUUAUAUUUGAAUUCUUGGAAACAAGAAUUUUCCAGUCAUUGACAUUACACUGCAAUGUCAGAGAUGGAGAAAAUAUUAAACUGUUCUCCAAAGUUAGUGUAAGGUUUAGCGUGGGUAAGAAUGAUGCUUUUGAUGGCUUGCUGGCUCACAGUCCUAAAAAUGUUAGCAGUGGAUCAAGUUGGGUAAACCGUAAUGUAAAAGUGGACUUGUGUCGACAUAUUGGAAGAAAAAUUAAAUUGGAUUUCACGUAUACAGGAGAGUGGAUAUUAAUAAGUGAGGUUACUUUUAAAUCAGGUAAGUAUUAG